UUGGCUGCGGGCUGCUGGCUCCGCUUGCUCCGCUCACCCGCACUGCUCGACUCUCCGGGCCGCGCUCCCCGCCGCCGCCACGAUGAGGGUGCUGGGACACAAGAUCGAGCUGCUGACAGGGCUCCUACUGCACGACGUGACCAUGGCCGGGCUGCAAGAGCUGCGAUUCCCAGAGGAGAAGCCCCUGCUUCGCGGCCAGGAUGUUACCGAGCUGGAGAACCCUGACACCUUCCUCUCCACUGUGGACACGGACUGGAAGGAACAUGACAUUGAGACGCCUUAUGGGCUUCUCCACGUGGUGAUCCGCGGCUCCCCCAAGGGCAACCGCCCAGCCAUCUUCACCUACCAUGACGUGGGCCUAAACCACAAGCUGUGUUUCAACACCUUCUUCAACUUCGAGGACAUGCAGGAGAUCACCAAGCACUUUGUGGUGUGCCACGUGGAUGCCCCCGGACAGCAGGUGGGGGCGUCGCAGUUUCCUCAAGGGUACCAGUUCCCCUCCAUGGAGCAGCUGGCUGCCAUGCUCCCCAGCGUGGUACAGCACUUUGGGUUCAAGUACAUUAUUGGCAUCGGAGUGGGAGCCGGAGCCUAUGUGCUGGCCAAGUUUGCACUCAUCUUCCCUGACCUGGUGGAGGGGCUGGUGCUCAUGAACAUCGACCCCAAUGGCAAAGGCUGGAUUGACUGGGCUGCCACCAAGCUCUCUGGCCUGACCAGCACUUUGCCAGACACGGUGCUCUCCCACCUCUUCAGCCAGGAGGAGCUGGUGAACAACACGGAGCUGGUGCAGAGCUACCGGCAGCAGAUCGGGAAUGUGGUGAACCAGGCCAACCUGCAGCUCUUCUGGAACAUGUACAACAGCCGAAGAGACCUGGACAUUAACCGGCCUGGGACAGUGCCCAAUGCCAAGACGCUCCGCUGCCCGGUGAUGCUGGUGGUUGGGGACAACGCACCUGCUGAGGAUGGGGUGGUUGAAUGCAACUCCAAAAUGGACCCAACCUCCACGACCUUCCUGAAGAUGGCAGAUUCCGGGGGACUCCCUCAGGUCACACAGCCGGGGAAGCUGACCGAGGCCUUCAAAUACUUCCUGCAAGGCAUGGGCUACAAUCUUCACUGUGUUCUGUGUCUCCCUGCCCCCGCCACUCUGGCUCUGUCUUCUCUCUCAGUUGCAUACUUGAAGGACCGAAGGCUGAGUGGAGGAGCAGUGCCCUCUGCCAGCAUGACCCGCCUGGCACGCUCCCGCACCGCAUCUCUUACCAGUGCCAGCUCUGUGGAUGGCAGCCGCCCGCAGCCCUGCACCCACUUGGAGAGCAGCGAGGGGCUGGGCCAGGUCAACCACACCAUGGAGGUGUCCUGCUGAAGCCCUUGGUCCUGCCCAGGAUGCUCACCUGCCCUCCCGCCCACAUCAAGGCCCCACUGCCAUCCCUGUGCCAGCUCAUUUUCCCUUUAUUUUUGUGAGGGUGAACAGGAGGAAUUGGAGUCACUUCUCUUUUCGUUUAAAAAAAAAAUGAGGGAUCCACCUUGGGUGCUGCAGCAGAACAGUCUUCAGAUGGUUUGAGGGGCUCCCCCACCCAUCUCCUUCACGGUGUUGACUGCCUUGGCCCCUCUCGUCCAGCCCCACGGCCCAGGCACAGUUAUGGCCACCUUGGGCAGGGCAGGAGGGGUGGCUAAGGAAAGAGCUGGAGUCCUUCCUGGGCCAGGAUCACCCCCAAAUUAAAGCCCUUGGCAGGAGGGGGAAGAUGGAUGGGGUUUUGAGAUGAUUGUUGCUGGGCUCCAACCCUGAUGCAGAAACCUGGAGAUAGCAGCUGGGGCACCGAAGACCCUGUCUGUCCCUUCAACCCCCCAAGCACAUGGGGUUCUGAUGGGUAGCAUAGGUGAUGGCCACCUGCACUGUAGCCACAGUUCACAGCUGUUGUUCUGGUGCACUGUGGGCUGGCUGGUGCUGUGGAGCUGGGCAGGUGGGGGCUGAAGAUAGAACCACACAUUCGGCCUCCUCUUGGCCCUGUCCCAUUCUGAGCCAAGGUCUCCCUGAGGCAGAAGUCAUUUGGUCCUCUCUCCCUAGUGACUUGGCUGGGGGCAGAGGGAAAGGCUGGGGUUGCUCUUGGAUAACACGUGUACCUCUGAGGACUUCAGGGUGACUGCUAUGAAAUCAGCAGGGGGCCAGAGGCAGGAUAGCUGAAAACUCCUGUAGACCUAGUUGCCUGGGUUUCCAAAGGGUGGCCACUCAGCAGCGGCAGCACUGAGGGGGUCAGUUUCCCAGGAGGGACCAGCCCUGGGCAGCAGCUAGGCUGCUAGAGGGGCCAUGGCUGGGGCUCAUUGAGUCCUGGGGCGGGGGCUGAAGGUUCUUGAAGUGAACAGGGCCAGGUAGGGGAGAAAGGCUUCACACACCCCAGCCCCCUCCUGCCACCUAAGCCCAGGACUGUGCCAUUUAUUUCUGUCCCUGACAGCCAGAAACCAGAGCCAGUUGUCUUAGACCCUAAAUCAACUAUCACAAAACCCCAAAUGGCAGGAAGAAAGCGCUGAAAAAACUGAAGGGCUGUGGAGGUGGGGAGAGGGUGGGGGGUGUUCUGAGGCUGAGAGGACACCCAGAUCCACGUCACUGGCACGUGUCACCCCUUCCAUGAUGUUAAGCAAUGGCUAGACGGAGGCCCUGGUGGAGUGUAGUCUGCCCCGGUUCUGCUCACUCACGUGCUUCCUUUGAAUAUUGAAUGUGACUUUAAAGCUGGUAGAAUUAACCCCUCUUACUGUAGAUAGCACUGCGAGUACUGUUUUUUUCCUUUUUUUGCUGUGUUCUUUCAGAUGAGAUAUAUAAAUAUCUAUACAUUAUAUAAAUAUAUGUAUAUUGGGUCUUCCUGCCUGUGGUUUUCCCUCAGAGGUUGUCUCUUCUUUGGUCAAGGUGAACUUUCAAUGGAGUUUAUUAUUUUCCUCUCUGUACAAAGUUAGCCUACUUUUGUGUAUUCUGGUAGUUGAUGUUAUUAGAUUUUGAGAUGACAAAAUGUAAAACAAAAACCCUUGUCAAUGUAGAAAGUUAACUGUGCUGAAAAACUAAUAAACUAAGAAGAGCGCGA